AACGUGCUCACGCGAAUGCCCUUGCACGAAGGCAGCCCUCUGGGUGAACUCCAUCGUUGUAUCCGAGAGGGGGUAAAGGUGAAUGUUCACAUCCGCACUUUCAAGGGACUUCGGGGCGUCUGUACAGGCUUCCUCGUUGCAUUUGACAAGUUCUGGAAUAUGGUAAUUAAGCCUUUCUCCAGGGCCUGGGGAACCUCCUAGAGAUUAAAUCUGUUAUAUCUAUUUGAUCGGCUGAAACUUCAAGAUUCCUCCAAGAAGGAAGCAGAUUCUAGGUCUGCAGUUGAAGACUCCACUCUGUCCAGAUACUCCCAGACAUCUACUUGGAAGGUGGCUUCAGUGUGGGGAAGAGGAGACACUGACAGGGGUUCACGCAGGCGUUCCCGUUCCGUCCCUUCUUCCCUGCAGGCAUCCGCAAGGGAGGAAUCCAGGUCAGAGAUGUCAGGGAGGACUACACGGACAGAAGGGUCCAGUGCAGGAGGUACCUUUUCCAGGGCUACCACCCUUUCUAGGGGCCAGUCCUGUAAGAAAAAGCGAAAGCCGAAAGUUGAUUACCAGCAGGUAUUCACUAGACACAUAAAUCAGAUUUUCAUUCGAGGUGAGAAUGUCCUGCUGGUUCAUCUUGCACAGUGACCAGCUCAGCCUCACUUAAGCUUUGGUUUUUAGAAGUAAAGUGCAUGAAUUGCUGCUCUGCUGUAUCUUAGUAUCUCAGUGAAACUCUGAGUUGGAAUGAUUCCCUCUGGUCCUGCAUAUGCAGAGGACAGAGCAGGCUCGGUCCUCUGGAAGUUGAGCUCAAGGGGAGGACAGGUCUUGGGAGGGUAGUUGUUUGCAUUAAUAUUAAGGCAAAAGCCAUACAUAGGUACCUGCAUCUGAUGUGGUAUUAUGGUCUACUUCAGACUCUCAAACCAAAUAUGAGUAUAAGAUCUUCCAUUUGACUUAAGGGUCACACAGUAUGAAUGGAAUUCACUAUUAGAGACUAUAGAAAGAAAUUGUCUCAGAAAGAAUUAUCUCAUUUCUAAAAGCUAGUGACCUGAGUACUCAUGAAUUUGAUUCUAAGAAUAGCAGUGUGAAUUGCCCUGGAGCCCUGCACCUCCAUGUUGUGACUGACCUUUGUAUUUUGCUCUGCACUAUUCUUUCUUGAUCAAGAAAUGAAAUUAUUAUCUUGAAUAUCUAUAUGAUUAAGGAACAUUACCAGCUUACGUACGGGUAAAAUUUGGAUUGGUGGUAUGCUCAAAGCAGCUAGCAAUGAAUACUCUAUUUUGAUCCUCUCCUUAUUAUGGAAAGGAGUACAGGACCUCAUCAGUCUUCCCUUACCAGAGGUAGCCUCUGCAAAUGGCAUACCAGACGGGACUAUAAGAUGCUUGUGUGGUGGCUUCUUGUCCUUCUCUCUGACUUCUGUGGCAUGGUGCUAGUGCAUGUACCUGUGGUAUUGCUCCUCUGUAUGUAGUGUGAACUGUCCUGUGAGCUUUAUGGCAGGAGACUGUGACCUUCAUGUCUGGCUUCAAAGAGUUCUGGGGGAACUCAGUAAUACACACACAUCACACAGCUGAGAGUCCCCUUUCCAGGCAGGGCUGGCCUUGUGGAGAGUAUCUUUCAGAAUGGUUUUGUCAUGAAACACAGGUGUUAGUUUUGUUCCCUUGUGUCAGGCCAAAAAGGUUCUCAAAAAGUACAGUGGGUAGUGUCUGAAGGGACACUUUACUCACAGCCUGACUUAAGUAACAGGCACGCCAUAGCACCCACAAAUGCUUCUACUUGAAUCAUAUUAUAUGCUUUUCUCUAUCAUCAGUGCAGAAUAGGCUGCAUCUUGACACAGACUGUUAGGCAAUAUUGCCUCUUUUGUUUUGUUAGUUUAUGUUUGGUUUUAUCUUGGAUAACUUGUAUUCAAAGUGAAAAUAAGAAAUAACUAGCUAGUUAAAAUGUAUGAAAAGAAAAAUUUUUCCUGCUCUAUUUGUUGUGUAACUUAGAUAAGCUUUCUGUGAAGCAGGGUGACUAAAGUUGAGGGAGCUGGGACACCUAGUCCUUCUGCUAGCUGGACUACUGGUUUAUCAUACAGUGAAAAGUGAGAGGACUUCCCCUCUGUGCCUCAGUUUUUUCCCAUUAGACACCUACCUCAUAGGGGCAUUGAGACAAAGAAUUUUAGAAAGGCAUUUUACAGUCUCUAAACAUGUUUAAGUGCCAUGAGUAAUUUUUCCUAACUCUAUUUCAUUGCUUUGUAAGAACUCUAUGUCUUAUGAGCAAGGUAGGUGCUACAUAAGAAAGUAAUCUUCAUAGGUGUCAUAAUUAUGAUCUUGUUGUAACUCGCAUCAGAAGGCAGUGAUAUCUUCAGAAAUUAUUUUCCGUAUUCCAUUUCUUCUUCCCAAGGGAAAAUGGAAGUUCUCUGAAGAGUAACAUUUUUUUGCUGCUCCCCCCACAUCCCAGCCCCCCCCCUUUCUGAUCAUUAUCAGAAAGGAUUCCCUUGAACUUUUCAAGGGGUUUAUAUGAUAGUACCAAAGGGAGAAUGAACAUCUAAAAAUGACACAUCCCCAAAGGGGAAUUUGUGCAAGUUUUUUGUUUUUAUUUGUUUUUAUUUAUUUAUUUUUUUAUUAUUAUUAUUUUUUUUUUGUCUUUUGUCUUU